AACCAUACCCUUACUCAAAAGCCAGAGAGACCCAACGAUGUCGUUUUGAUGUUUAAAGACAUUAUUACUACGUCGUACAGUUGCUCCGACAAAUUCUCACCAAACAGAAACAAGUACUUGUAAAUGGAGUUUCCUUGUGGAAUCUAAACUUUGAUUCCGUGUAGUACAAAAACCUAAGCAGUUUCCUCUUCCAAGAAAAAUACCUUUCUAUCUUUCCCUUAAAAUAGUGAGAUAUUGUUCACAAUCAUCGUUUCUUGUUACUUAAAAAGCUGCAACCUUUUUUGUAAAAAAACACCAAAUUGAUCACAAUCCCUCCAUUUUCUUCUCUUUUUGGUAGAGAUCAAAGAUUGAAUCUUGCCAUGGCCAAAAGUUCCUUCAAGCUUGAACACCCCUUGGAGAGGAGGCAGUCAGAAUCUUCUCGCAUCCGAGAGAAGUAUCCUGAUCGAAUUCCGGUGAUUGUUGAGAAGGCAGAGAGAAGUGAUGUCCCUGACAUUGAUAAGAAGAAAUACCUCGUCCCAGCUGAUUUGACUGUUGGCCAGUUUGUUUAUGUGGUGCGGAAGAGGAUCAAACUCGGUGCUGAGAAAGCCAUCUUUGUCUUCGUUAAGAACACUUUGCCUCCCACAGCUGCCCUGAUGUCUGCAAUUUAUGAGGAAAAUAAGGAUGAAGAUGGAUUUCUCUACAUGACAUACAGUGGCGAAAACACAUUUGGGUUCGUUGAGCUUGGAAAUUAAUAUCUCAAUUGUAAAUCUGCCAUUUCUUUGAUCUCAUCGUGGAUUGCUAAUUGUAGUCGUUUGUUUUCGUUUAACUUAUACAUCAAAAUUUAUGGUCCUCUUCAAAAUUCCCUUAUAAUGUACAAAUGAUAACUCUUGAUAUCUUAUGCUAUAGUCUCUUUCAUCUAA